AUGUCGGGCAGGAGCGGAGCCGGAGGAGCCCCCCGGGGCUGCAGCACCCCCAGCCUGCAGCCCAUCAGAGCCACGGUCCGGUACCAGCUCCACAGAGGCUCCGGUCCAGUCUGCAGAGAGCUCCGGACGGCAGACAGAACGGCAGCUCGUCCGCCGAAGCCCACCAUCCGCAGGACCCUGUCUUUGGACACCAUCGUCGGGCCCUACCUGCAGGGCCAGUGGCCCAAAGAGGCCGAGGGCGCCCCGGCUGCAGGGGGCAACGACAAAGCCACGCAGACGCCGAGUUCCUGGACCGAGGAGACUCGUGGAAGGAGAAGUGCUGGUGGCCACAAGCGCUCAGCGUCUUGGGGCAGUGCGGAGCACCUGAAGGAGGUGGCCAAGCUGAAGCACCAGCUGCAAAAACGAUCCCGAAAUGCUCCUACCUGUGCAGGCUGCGAGCCCCCCCACCGCCACCCUCUGCCAGCAGGCCACGCAGCAGGCAUCACUCAGACACUACCCAUGAUGCCUCUGAACAGACUGGCUCCGAGGCUAAGGAGGAGCGUUGAGGGCCUCAGUUUGGAGCUGGAGGAAGUGUUUGUGUCUGAGAAACCCGACGAUCAGCAUGAGAUUUUGGAUAUCCCAGAUGGCCGCAGGGCUCCCGCCCCCCUUCAGAGAUGCAGCAGCGGCUCUCAGAGCAAGCCCUCGCCGGGACCUUUGGAUCCGUCCCUCCUCUCUCCGUCUCAGUCCCCUUGUCCUCUUGACUCGUCGCUCGUGUCUCCUUCGAGUUCCCCUCUUCGCCUCGGUUCAUCGCCCCCGUCUCCCUCUCAGUCACCCUGUCCCAUGGGAGAGCCAGAACCUGUGGACUGUGACGCUUUGCGUCUGUCUCCGUCAACAUCCCUCCCAUCGUUUGCUCUGGAAGGCCCCCUGCUGCGGCCCGGCUCCUCUUCACCCCGUCCAAACAAAACCUUCUCCUUUCAGCGCGAGCCGCCAGAAGGCUGCGAGCGCAUUCGCGUCUGCGAGGAAACCACGUCUGCUUGUCAGGAAGAGCAUCUCCUCCAGCCGUCCUGCCCAGAUCCAAAUAAAGUCAACUUUACCCCCCAUGGAGGCUCUGCUUUCUGCCCUGUCAGCCUUCUUAAACCUCUGCUGCCCUCCAUGGAUCUCCUCUUCCGGGGCCUGUCAGUGUCUCCCGUCACCGGCUGCUCUGGUCAGGCCUCUCCUACCAGACACCUGGGCAUGCAGUAGAUGGAUGUAAGAACUGUGCACUGCCAGGACCUGGAAAACUUAGACGUUUUUUUGCUAAAUUGAUAUGAACAGUAUUCUC